AGAAAGGGGCUUUGGUCGAAAGUUUUGACCUUCUCGCUACCCCAACUGUGUUACCACCUACGACGACGACGAGCGAGCGGCCAAGAUGAGCGGAAAGGGCCAGCGCGAGUCCGUCUUUGCGACGCGCAUGACGCUCAACCUGACAAAGGGCCGGCUCAAGGGUGCGCAGACGGGCCACAGCCUGCUGAAGCGCAAGGCCGAUGCGCUCACCAAGCGCUUCCGCACCAUCACGGCCAAGAUUGACGAUGCCAAGCGCAAGAUGGGCCGCGUCAUGCAGCUCGCCGCCUUCAGUCUCGCCGAGGUCUCGUACGCCACGGGCGACAUUGCCUACAUUGUCCAGGAGAGCGUGCAGAAGGCCUCGUUCAAGGUGCAGGCCCGCCAGGAAAACGUCUCGGGCGUGUUUCUACCCAGCUUCGAGGCCCAGGUGGCACAAAGCGGCGCCGGCACCGAAUUUGCCCUUACUGGUCUUUCAAGAGGUGGCCAGCAGGUGCAAAAGGCGAGAGAUACGUAUACAAAGGCGCUCCAGACGCUCGUCGAGCUGGCCAGCCUGCAGACGGCCUUCGUCAUCCUCGACGAGGUCAUCCGGAUGACGAAUCGUCGAGUCAAUGCGAUUGAGCACGUCAUCAUUCCCCGGCUCGAGAACACAAUCUCGUACAUCAUCUCGGAGCUCGAUGAGAUGGACCGAGAGGAAUUCUUCCGGCUGAAAAAGGUGCAGGGCAAGAAGAAGCGCAACCAGGAGCUGGCCGACAACGAAAAGCGAGCGGCGCAGAUGCGGGGUGAGAAGGCCGACAGUGGGCACGGCGACGACUCUGGCGGCGGCGGUGGGUCAGCGGAUCUCCUCAAUGACGACAAAGACAACGACGUCAUCUUCUAG